ACGGACGACAGACCAGCCAGACAAGUUUCGACAAGUCGAAGUCCGUUCUUCUGCAAUCCGCAAGCUUGAAGUCGAAUUUAUUGUGACGGUACGAUUUUAAAAUGAUCCUCCUGACGAUGAUUGCAAGGGUAGUCGACGGACUACCCUUGGCGGCUACCAUGCAGGAUGACGAACAGGCAGGAAGAAAUAUCCUGGAGUACCAGAACCAAGCUAAACUCCUUUUUAGAAAGUUGAACCACCAGAGUCCUCCGAGAUGCACCAUUGAGACUGGUCCUUACUUAUUUCACUAUUUAAUAGAAAAUGACGUGUGUCUGUUGGUCUUGUGCGACAAAAGCUUUUCAAAGCGCCUUGCUUACUCAUAUCUUGAAGACCUGUCCCAAGAAUUCAGCUCUCAGUAUGGACGCAGGGUUAACUCGGUCGCUCGACCGUAUAGUUUCAUCGAGUUUGACACAUAUAUCCAGAAAGCGAAAAAGUCUUUCAUGGACUCCAGGUCGAGAAGAAAUCUGACUGCCCUAAACACGGAACUGCAAGAUGUGCAGCGAAUAAUGGUCCAGAAUAUAGAUGAUGUGCUGCAAAGAGGAACCAUGCUCUCAGAACUCGACUCGAAGGCCCAGAAUUUGUCGAUGAUGUCGCAGCAGUACAAGAAGGACGCGGCCUACUUGAACUCAAAAUCCUUUUAUGUCAAGGCGGCAGCUGGAGCUAUUGUGAUUUUCGUCUUCAUCCUCUACUUCUGGAUCCUGUGAUUGGGCCAUUUAUAUUCAAAACUAUAGUUAAAAUAUAUCUGCUGGUCUGAUUCUGUUACACAUACGAAUUAUUUGAAUUCGGUUAGACUUAAGUUUGUGUGUAGCAGAACACAUGUUAGCCCCCCAAUUUUCACUGUUUCUCGUUUGUUGAUUCAUUUAAUUUAAAGUGUGCUCAUUCCGCGUCCCUGGAUAAUGUGUAUGUAUGGUUCAAUUGUUAAGAAUAAAUACGAUUAUAUUGUUUGUAAAUAAACCAACUUUUAUAUUUCUAAAA